UGUUGGAGAUUAGCUUUGUUCGAUGCCCUACUCAAGAUUAUGGUCAAAUUUUAAAUUUUCUAAUGGAAGAUUUGAUAAAUUUUUAUGUUCAGUCAAAUGCUAGAAUCUGGAGUGUUUAUCCAAACGUUGCUUUCUCUUUAUCGUCAAAUUGUUAUGGAAUUUGAAGUCUUAUGUUCCCAUCUGAACUGGAUGGGAAAAAUCCUUGGAUUUUAAAUGAUUAUGAAUUAAAAUUCAUGGGGGCAUUGAUUGCAAUUUAUAAAUAGGAGAUGGGGGGAGAAAUAUAAUAAGGGUGAGGGACUAAAUAAGAUAGUGAAGCUCUUCACCUGCCGUGCAUAUCAUGGAUCUGAAAGAGGCUUCUCUUUUGGCCAAAAAUGUAGCCAAGGGAAGAUGGUUUGUGGUAUUCAUAUGCUUUCUGAUAAUGUCCCUUGCAGGAGGGACAUAUAUAUUUGGUAUAUAUUCAGAAGCAAUAAAAACCGUCCUGGACUAUGAUCAGGAAACUCUGACCACAUUGGGGUUCUUCAAAGAUCUGGGAGGGAAUGUUGGAAUUCUGUCUGGUCUGAUUAAUGAGGUCACUCCACCAUGGGUAGUUCUGGGGAUAGGAGCUAUUAUGAACAUCACUGGUUAUUUGAUGAUCUGGUUGUCUGUGACCCAAAGGAUUGCCAGACCUAAAACAUGGCAGAUGUAUUUGUACAUAUGUAUAGGAGCAAAUUCUCAGACUUUUGCCAAUACAGGGGCUCUGGUUACCUGUGUCAAGAAUUUUCCUCAGAGCAGAGGAAGUGUGCUGGGAAUCCUCAAAGGAUUUGUGGGGCUCAGUGGAGCCAUCUUCACUCAAAUAUACCAUGCAAUUUAUGGGCAGGACAACAGAGGGGUAAUUCUGCUGCUGGGUAUCCUGCCAGCUGCUGUAUCCCUUGCUGUCAUGCUAAUAGUGAGACCCACUAAAGUUGUUUCAGAUAAGAAGGAGCUGAAACGCUUCUAUAGUUUUCUUUACAUAGCCCUAGCCCUUGCAGGGUUCCUGAUGAUUAUGAUCGUGGUGGAGAACAGAGUGAAGAAUUUUCCACAGUCAGGCUACCAAAUUGUUGCUGCCUUAGCAAUCCUUUUCCUCAUGUUUAAUAUUGUUGUGGUUGUAAAUGCAGAGAUGGACAGCAUGAAGCUACAAAGAUUGACUUCUCAGAGCACAAAUGGGUCUCUGAAGCCUGUGCAUAUUGAUGUUAAAGAAGAUGAAGUGAAGAUCAAAGAUGAUGAAAAACCCAAAGCUGAGAUCAAUUUGGCAAAUUUUAUCACUGAAUCUGUUGCUUCACAGGAAGCCAAAGGCAGUGAGCAGCCCAAAUCCUUAAGAUCCCGUCUGGUCAAAAUGUUCAAGAGCCCUACAAGAGGAGAAGACUACACUAUCCCCCAGGCACUUGUGAGUGUGGACAUGAUAAUCUUAUUUGUAGCCACUACUUGUGGGGUUGGAACCACUCUCACUGCCAUUGACAACAUGGGUCAGAUUGGGAAAGCCCUAGGAUACACUCCUGUAAAUAUCAGCACUUUUGUUUCUCUCAUCAGCAUCUGGAACUUUCUAGGUCGUGUGGUGGCAGGGUUUCUGUCUGAGUAUCUGCUUCAAAAGUACAAAUUUCCUAGGCCUUUGAUGUUCACAAUAAUUUUGCUUAUUGCCUGUGUUGGGCAUGUCUUUAUUGCUUUUGCUCUGCCAGGAUCACUGUAUGUAGCCUCAGUAGUUAUAGGCCUGUCUUUUGGAGCUCAAUGGCCUGUCCUGUUUGCUGUCAUCUCAGAGCUCUUUGGUCUCAAGUAUUAUGCCACUCUAUACAAUUUUGGGGCAGCUGCAAGUCCACUGGGGUCCUAUCUUCUCUCAGUCAGAGUAGCUGGAAAAUUAUAUGAUAAAGAAGCCAGAAAACAGCUGCAUACUUCUCAAUCUCUGUCAAUUUCCAGAACUCUGUUACAGGCAGCUCAUGCACCAGCACCUUCUCAGAGUAAACUUACCUGUAUAGGACAUGACUGUUUUCGUCUUAGUUUUAUCAUAAUGACACUAGUCUCAUUAUUUGGGUCUAUUAUUUCAGCCAUUCUUGUGGUGAGAACAAGGAAGUUCUAUCAGAGUGACAUUUAUGCCAAGUUCAGAGCUGAGGCUGAAAAGUCUCUACAAGAGGAGGAGGUGCCCCAAAUCACAAAUGGGAAACAUUGAAAUACAGAAGAUAUAGCCAACUGUCAUAAAAAAAUUGUUGGUGAAACAGAACACAAUGAAAGUUGUGAUUCACACUUGUCUGCUCUUUAAGAGAUCUAUUUAAGAAGGGCCCAUAGUUUUGAUAGCUGUAUUGACUAAACGGUACAGUGCAUGUAAGGUUAAGUUUGAACACUGUUACUGGUAUAAAUACAUCUUAUUUUGUUUC